UCAUUCUUCAGUGGGGAGAGUAGAAGAAGAGGAGAGAAACAGCCAUCCAGGACUGCAGGGAGCCUAUAAAAGGCACAGUGGCGGUACCAAUUUUACCAUUCAGACCAGAGUCAAGACACAGACAGACAUGGCUGCUGCAGGCUGGCAGGCAUUUCUGCUGACUGUCCUCAGCCUAGGCACCUUUGCUCAUCCCUGCAAAACUCAGGAGUUACGAUGUUGGUGUAUUCAGACAUAUUCUGACUUUAUUCCUCUUAGAUUCAUUAAAAGUGUCUGGUUGAUUCCUGAGGAUAUCUACUGCAGCAGGAAAGAAGUCAUAGUCUUGCUGAAAAUGGGGAAAUUAAUUUGUUUGGAUCCUGAGGCUGAAUGGGUGAAGGCUCUUACCAGAACAAUCAGUACAGGUCUCCAAAUAAGGAACUACGCAAGAACAGCACAUCCAAUGGAUCCCAAAAGGCUUGUGAGCCUUCUUGAGUUUAGAUAUUCUCUAGAUAUUUCUUGAAACCCAUUUGUGUGGAUUGAGCACUGCAACAAACUCCUCUUUAAUUCAUCUUGGGGGCCUCUAGCUGCUUUUCUGACUUGAUGAUGGGAAGAGUGAUAGGAACUGAGGUGAUGAAACUAUUUUUUAUGUAGGAAAAAUAAACCUUAAGUCUCA